AUGGAUCCGAAUGGACUUGCUGAUCCUUACUGCAAAGUGAAACUGGUGCCCGAGACUAACUCGAAAAGCAGACGAAAGACGAAGAUUGUUCACAAGUGCUUGGAUCCUGAAUGGAAUGAGGAGCUCGUCAUUGCGUUCGAUGCAGCUCAUGAUCAGGACAAACGGCUUCACAUUGAAGUGUGGGAUUGGGACAUGACCUCGGCGAACGAUUUCAUGGGCGCAUUCUCUUUCGGGAUAUCGGAACUGCUGAAGAUAGAAGCCGACGGCUGGUACAAACUACUAUCCAAAGAAGAAUCUGAGUUCUACAAUGUUCCGAUAGAAUUAUCAGAAAAGUCACUGCAGCGAUUGAGCGAGAUCGAAGAACAACUUGAAUCAGAAAUUGAUGGCUCGACCGUCGAGAAACUAUCGAACUUCUCCGUAAGUUCUUCUACGGACAGUUCCUCCUUCACAAAGGACGAUUUCGACUUUUUGAAAGUGAUCGGCCGCGGAUCAUUUGGAAAAGUACUCCUUGCAGAGAUCAAGCAGACCAAAGAGCUAGUCGCGAUCAAAAUACUUAAAAAAGACGUUGUCGUGCAAGAUGACGAUGUCGAGUGCGUCAAGACAGAGCGCAAUGUUCUCUGUCUCAGUCAUAAACCUCCGUUUUUGACGAUUGUGCACUCGACUUUUCAAACUCUCGAGCGAUUGUUUUUUGUGAUGGAAUACGUUUCUGGGGGAGAUCUUAUGUACCAUAUUCAGCAUGAGCACAAAUUCAAGGAACCGCAAGCUUGUUUUUAUUCCGCGGAAAUUGCAUUGGCGCUAAUCUAUCUCCACUCGAAAGAAAUCAUUUACCGGGACCUCAAAUUGGACAAUGUGAUGCUUAAUGCUCAAGGACAUGUGAAAUUAACUGAUUUUGGAAUGUGUAAGGGACGAGUUGCAAAAGCAAUUCAAAAGACCCUUUUUUGA